GUCACGACCAAAAUGAGUCUCAAAAACGGGGCUAAAAUGUCCCAACGCGAGAAAUUUGAGUUAAUUAACUCGGAAGUGCGUUCUUUUUACGAAUAUUGUAAGGAGGCAGGCAUGACUGAUGAGGAAAUGGAUAUAAUAUGCCGCCCUUUAACUAACGCAGUGCGUAAGGCGUCUAUCAAGAGAUGGACACGGGUGUUCUUAUUUCUGGUGAUGGUGACGGCUAUCGGGUACACAGUGUGCCAGACAGAUACCUUCCAUUGGCAUGCGUCGGCUAUUGCGAGGAUCGCGUUGAUCAAAAUUUUGCCAUUUUGGGACUGGACCCCACUGUACUACAAUAAGUGCUUGAUUCAGAAAUCGCAGCCCGAGUCUUUGGACACAAAUCUCGUUUCGCCGACGGACUGCAUAGCCUGUGAAGCUAUAAAAAAUGUUCUUCGUCUCUCCGACACUAGUUACCACGAAGUGUUCAACCAUCACUUGCUACGCGGAGCUCCGGUGAUAGUCACUGAUGCACAUUACGAGUGGUCGGCUUCCCGUUCAGAGUUGAACCUUACAAGUCUGAUCAGCGGUGACGACCGCCUUCGUGACUCCGUACCUUGUCGCAUCCUCACCAACAUCAGAAUAGGCCGACAGCCCAUGGACUUAGAAGAAAUAGUCACUAGAAUAACAAACACGAACAUACCUAGUUGGUUCGUCCAUUUCCAAAAUUGCGACAUACGUGCAGUCAAGUCUUUUCGGAUUCUCGCACCGCGACCGUAUUUUCUAUCGCCGCACAUUCCUCCUUCACAUUUCAACUGGUUGUUGUUGUCAAAAAAUUACGACACUCACAGAUAUAAGUAUCUAGAGCUCGACGUUGGGUUAAUAAUAAUGUCUCAGUUGAAGGGGAAGACGUCAGUAAUGUUGAAACCUCGAGCACCCUGCGAAGACGAUUGCUCCAUUGUUCAAGUCGAAUUGAACGAAGGAGAAACUUUAGUUCUCUCCAAUUCUCUGUGGGAGUUUGAAUAUUUGCCAGGGAAAGGCGAAAAUGUCGCUAUGAUAACCGAAACGGAUUGGAUCGAAUCAUAAUAACGUUAAAUAUAGCUUUUGACGUAGUUAUAUGUUUGUGUAUGUGUCCUGUUUGUUUUAAAGAUAUUUAAGAAAGAUAUUUGAGAUCCUAUUAUACUUAAAAACUUUAAAAGUAACAUGGGCUAAGGUGGAUGUACAAAAUAAUGUAAUGGCUACAUUUAUCGGCUUACAAGCACUUUUUAUGAGGUUAAAGUAUGUCUAGUUCGGCUAAAGCAAGACCAGUACGAGAUAUAAAUUAUCUGCAAUAAAUAACAAUAGGAGAGAGAUAUUAUUCAAAAGUCUCAAAUUAAGAACUGAAGAAAUAUACACAUUAAACCAUUAAUCAUUAUGAUAAGCAGCAAAAUAAACACCACAUAUAUGUAUUGCUAUGAAUUAAAAAAAAAUAACAAUUUGGAACUUGGGUGUGAUAUCUUUCACCGUGUGUUAAGUGUUCAAUGGUUUAUAUAAGAUCCAAAGGGACUAUUCCAAGAAGGCAUAAUCCGGUUCAGUACAAACUGAUCUAUUAAUUUAUACUAAUGGUUAUAUAUAAAAUACAUAUCGAUAGCAUUUUGAUGCGUUGAAAAAUCUACCAUUUCACUUAAAUCUAAGCUAAAUAAGGUUUAAAACACAAAUUGUAACUCUGCACAAUGAUAUCAUAUUAUGAUAGUAGUAAGGUAAGAGUUGUAAGUUGUUUUAAUGAAUUUUG